GAAGGUUAGGACAUCCAGAUCAAUUAUCUUAUAUGUUUCAUCGCUAGCCGCGCAACAUUCCAGCAAAAGCAUGGCGCUAGCAAGUGCCCUCGCCGGCGGCCCAGCGGCGUUCAAGGACGUCUUCGUCAACAGCCGCCACGACCCGCCGUUGCCCCUGCCGAAGAAAGACCAUAGCGAUGGCAACGGCGACGGCGACGCCCUCACGAGCAACCCGAUGACGGGGCAGUGCCUGUACAAGGGCACCUGGGUGAUGGAAGGGUGGAUCCCGGGGAUCGUCCAGAUUCAAAACGGCGGCGGCUUCACGCCGCGUCCUGGCGAUGUCAUCCUCGCCAGCCCGCCCAAGUGUGGCACCACGUGGCUCAAGGCGCUCGCCUUCGCCACCAUGGCACGCCGGGCGCACCCGCCCGCCGCCCCCGACCACCCGCUCCUCCGCCACACGCCGCACGACUGCGUGCCGUUCAUGGAGGUGAUCGUGUCGGGCGGGUGGGGGAAUAAGCUGGACGCACUGCCGUCCCCGAGACUCUUGUCCACGCACAUGCCCUACUCUACUCUGCCCGCCUCCAUCACCAAGAAUCCAGACCGCAAGAUCGUCUACAUCUGCAGGGACCCAAAGGACAUGGUAGUCUCAAUGUGGCACUUCCUUAGGUAUCCUCGGCCAAACCUGUCAUUCAACGACAUGUUCGAGCUCACCUGCGAGGGCAAAUCUCUAUGCGGCCCAUUCUGGGACCACAUCCUUGGGUACUGGAACGCCAGCAAAACCAUGAGCGGCGACGAGGGCCAGCCAGAGAUGACCUCGGCAGCGGUCCUUUUCCUCAG